ACUCCUCUACCUGUCUGCAGUCGACUUGAAAUGCAGCCCUUUUGCCGCCAACUCUUCGGCCUCCUUUUGAGUUAUAUGUCUUGGACAUCUGGUAUCGUCCUAGCAAUCAGCAGAUCCUGGCGCGUGUGGGAAUUCGACAGCAAGGUUGUUCCUGUUGUGUUUAUUGGACUUUGGGAUGUUUUUUAUAUUCAAAAGGUUGACAUCUCUGGCGUGCUGGUCGAGAUGGCGCAGGAGCAUGUUAUGAAUGAGAGCUGGGCCAUUUCUGAUGAAAUCUCCUAUGCGCAGGACAUGAUCUUGUUAGCUAAUUUUAUCAAGUUACCGGUCCUGAUUUUUGGCACGCUGACCCUUUGGGUCAGUUGGAUCAAAGCCCCAUACCCAGAUUUCCUUCGAAUGUAUUACAAAAUGUGCGCCUGUCUUCUUUUGUUCAGUUCUGUGUGUACCGCGAGUGCAGUGAUCUGGAAUUUCUAUGCGGAUUUUUCUGGCAACACCACCUUUGACUUUCCACCGAGCUUUCCUGUUAAAAAAGAAGCACUAAUAGGUAAACGGUGGUCCUACGUGCUCCCACUGGGAAUCACAACGGCCUCCAUGUCCGUUAUCAGUGCCCUCAGCUUCCUCUUUGAGCGGUAUUUACUAACACCCCAGAGCCAAAUGAA